AUGGCUACGGCACAUGAUCACAAGGUAGUCUACCGCGAUGCCACCACCUCGGAUCUGGAAUCAAUGAGUACCAUGGUCCCUCGUUCCUACAGUCCUGACGCCUCCCUGUCGCAAAUCAUCCCAGACACUCCCAAGACACGACAAUGGUGGGUAGAGACUUAUCGCCAUGCUCUCUCCGACCCAGCAGCACGCCUGCUAUUAGCAGUUGACGGCGAAAAGACCGUCGGUAUCUUCAUCCUACACUAUCUAGGACCAGACUCCCCAUCCAGCUCGAGUAGCGCUAUCACGUCCGUCGUCCCACUUAUCGAGGAUCACUCGCCUAUUCUGGCAGAAGCUCUGAAAGAUCUCAAGGCCGGAAGGAAGGAGUUGAUGGGUGGCGAGCCGCAUUUCCUUGUCGAGCUCGUGGGCGUGGACGCUGCCUAUCAGAGUCAGGGCAUUGGAAAGGAAUUGACCCGGAGAGCGUGCGAGGUGGCGGAUCAGAGGGAUGCGGCGAUUUAUUUGCGGACGAGUGCGGCAAAGGGGUACUAUGUUAGUAAGGUCGACUUGGGGUUCGAGGCGCAUGGGAAUGGAGACGAGAACGGAGGGACCAUAAUCAGGGCUAGAAAACCGAAGAGGGUGGAUGGUGCGGUGAAGUGA